AUGCAAGAUCCUCAUUAUAGGGAGGAGUAUCGUCAACAUGUGCAAGAUGAGAACCUCCAGCCCUCUUUGAGCAGCUUGAGAUCUGCCGCUUCCCAGUCAGACCUCUUGGUCAUGGGGACCUCCAACAACGUUGCUAUCACUCCCUUGAAGUUGACCGAGAACCGUAGGACUCUGGAACUUGCAAUCCGAAAUUUUAGCAAGGCCGAGCAUGGGAAAACAACUUUCUCUUAUGGGGCAACUCCAUUUCUAGUAUGCAACCGAAAAUGGGGGUGCAAUGUAUAUCCGUUUGGCUUACGGCCGGCGUCAAAGGACUAUGGGCAAAGGAUUGAUAUAUACCUACAUAUAUGGGCUCAAAAUGCAAACGAAACGGAAGAGCAGUUCCUUUCCUGGAUUCGUGCAAACAAUAUUGAUUUUCAGAUAACAAUCACAGAGCCUGAACCAGCCGCCCUUCAUGUUGUUCGAAGCAGCCAGUCAACUUGGUGUGACAUGGAGGAUGCUGCUGGAUGGUGGUUGAUAAGCCUCCGAAGCUCGCCAAGAUUGAUGGAGUUGACCGAUGACACGUUGAUCAUUAGGAUCUCUUUCACGACAGGCGAAGCCGGCUUGCGCCAGAAACCCGACGUUAUCAAUGGAAAAGAUGUAAUUACCUUACCUAUUGGGCCUGUGCAAGCCGCUGGUGCUCUACCGGCAGGCCUUUUUGAUGACGCAAGGAUUUCCGAUCUGACUGUGAUAGCUGGAGGAAAGCCGAUAUACGUGCAAAGAUCAGUCCUUGCCAGCAGGUUACCGGGAUGUGAACUUCCCGAGGAUGGAUCGCCUUUGGUCAUUGAUGAUAUCCCUUAUGAGGUUGUACGGGCCACCAUUGCGUAUGCCUACACCGGUGCACUGCAUGUAGAAAACACUGCCAAGAAUCAUGCAUAUCUACAGGUCCUUGCCGAGCGUUUUGGCAUGGAGCAACUGAGAAGGACGUCUCGAAGAAUGGUCUACAGUUGUCUCACGGUUACCGAUGCUCUGGAUGUUUACAUGGCUCUCGGUGGCCUGUCUCCAUCGUUACGGGAACUGAUAUGCGUUUACAUCAUUCAGAGUUUUGCUGAGAUCAGAUCGAGCGAUGCGUUUCGACGUUUAAGUACGCAUCCUACUCGUCGGAGUACUGCAAGCCUCUUAGCUAUUUUACGACGAAUGGAAGUUAUUGCGCCACAUAGACCACCAAUUUUCGAGCCAACUGAAUCAGCUGGGAAUCUGGAUUGGCGUCGAUCGAUGGCCUUUCGCUCUCUCUUGGCGAAUCCAGCAGUUGCCGAUGUGCAUUUUGUCGUUGAAGGGAAGAUUCUGACAGCGCAAAAGAGUGUGUUAUCUAGCCUUUCUGACUACUUUCUGGCAAUGUUCACGAGAGGGUUUCAAGAAAGCACGACUGAGCGUGAUAUCACUGUUGUGGAGAUACCGGAUUUCCCCUAUAGUACAGUCCGCAACAUGUUGCUAUACCUCUACGUCCGUGAGAUCGAUCCACCAUCGUCGAUAUCAGAAAUCGGGUACUUGUACGUCAUUGCGGACAAAUAUCAGGUUCACGAUUUGAUGAGCAAAGCCAAAAGCCUUUUACAAACCCAUAUUCAACCAGAUACCGUCACUGAAUUCUUGUUCUCCUUUGCAUACAAGUACGAACCUUUACGUCGGUUAGUGCUACAGUACGUCUUAGCCGAUUUCAACGCGGUACGAAAAAGCGAUGGAUUUGCGCGUGUUGUCCGACAUCCCCAUCUGUAUCCCGAGUACGUGACCCUCAUGGAUGAAAUACUUGAACACCUAGUUGUGAAAGACUUUGAACAGACCGAAGCAUCUCGCUGGGAAAAUGAAACCGAAGUACCUGAAUACGAACAGAUGCUCGGGGAAGUAGAUGCAAUAGCAAAUGUGGAUGAAUUGGACCGAGAAGCCAACGAUGAUGAGGAAGAAAUUUUCCGGGAUGCCCCAGCGUUUGUUGGAUCGGAUGCAUACCUUGAUACAGUUCAGCGGCAAGAAUUCCAAGGAAAACGGCACGCCGUAGAUGAUGAUACGAUUACCCGCCCGGUUGAGAAGGAUGAUAACGAAACUGGACCGCAAAGCCCGCGCCGUGCUACUGGCGUCGAGUCUACCGGAAAGUUUGACGUGUCUAACGAGCAAGUUGAUAUUGAAAGCAGCUCCUAGCUGGGGUAUUACCACAUGUUGACGUUUCUGGCCUCCUUUCCGAUGGAUUAUGUACAUACACGUAGCAUUACAUGCCAUUGCAUAGUUUCUUUUUAGAUAACAUAGGAUGCGUUCCUGCACACCGACAUUUAUCUGAUUUUGCAAGAUAGCAGGUCGAAGCGGGGGGAAUAACAUCUUGUUUCUGUGUCACAAAUCUUCCAUAUCUAUCGCUUUUGGAAUGAACCUGCUUCCUCUGAGC